UUGAUCCUGGAGAAGGAAAUAAUAAUAAUAGCUGAUAAAUAAUAUAUAGCACUUCAAGAUUUUCAAAGUGCUUUACAAUAAUUAUGUAUAUUAAUAACAUGCAUUAUCUUAUUGGAUUCUUACAACUGUCCUGUGAGAUGCUACAGAUAUUACCCCCAUUUUACAACUGAUAAACUGAGUCUCAAGAUGUUAAAUAACUUAUCCAUCAUUAUAGUUAGUAAGAGAGGCCUAUAUAGACCUAGGUUCCCACUUCACCAAGUCCAGCAUUCUUUGCUACUGAAACACAGGUUUGUAGCAAAGAACAAAUGAGGCUAAGGAGGCAUAAGAACAGUCUUCAAAUCUCUGAUCUCUUUCAUCCCAUGGUCUUUACUGGAGCCUAAAAUCCCAAGAAGGUUGUACAAAUUAUCACCCCUACCUCAACUUCCUUCCCUCCCCCAGAGCAAUAGUCAAAAAGAUUCUCCAGCUAGAUUCCAUUACCACAGAAAAAUUCCAAUAACCUUGUAGUAUACUCUUCCAAGGGUUAGCUGAGGAUUUACCUUUCAAACACAUGCAAAGCAAGGUUUGAACCCAGGUGGCAGUGGUGUAAUGGAGAGUACAUUAGAUUUAGUUUCUGGAAGAUGAUGGUUCAAAUUCUGCCUCUGAUAGCUAUAUAGAAGGUAAGGGACCUUGGAUAAGUCCCUUACCUUCUAUGUUCCUCCCUAGGGUUUAUCCAGUAAGUCAUAAAGCCAAGAGUCAAUGGAUCACAGACUCAUAUAAGUACUACAGUGUAAUAAAUCAGGCUAGAUAUUAAUGCUCCCUGCCCUUGAACAACUUACAAUUCAACAAAGGGUAUACAUAUAUAUGUACAUAGAGUCAGCAUAGUAUUGAAGAGUGUUCCACCUGAAGGUGAUAAAGAAGAUAACAAUCCUGCCUCUGACACUAGCUGUGUGACCCCUAGUGUGCACCUCAGGCAACUCCCUAAAUCCAAUUUACAUUAAGAAAUCAGUAUCACUGAUAGUGGAUCACACCUCUAUCUAAUUAUGGAAGUGGAUCUGUUAGCCACUAGAGAAGACAGAAAUAAAUAAUCCAUACCUAGUCCCUGCCCCUAAGGAACUUAUAAUUUAAUAAGGGGCAGACAGUGAAAUAUAUACAUAAAACUAGAUCAGUAUAGUGGAAAGAAUGCUGGACCUGGAGUAGCACUCAGCCUUUGUGAACCUGUUUCCUCAUCCAUAACAUGUAAAUAGGAACAUAUGUCAAAUCUACCUCACAGGGAAGUUAUGAGAUCAAAUGUGAUUGUGUAUCCAUUGUGCUUUACAAACCUUCAAGUGCUACUAUAUACACAGGAGUUAUUAUACAGUUCAACUUUAUUUCUUUCUACCUCCAGCCCCUGCAAACCAUUAAAAAGCAAACCUUUUCAGUCUGGGCCCAAGGUUCUGCCCCCUGCUUCAGAUAAAAGUUGCUAUGCCCACAAGCCAUCUACACUCUUAACUUCAUAAUUCCCCCAAGCCAAAGCUCUGUGCUGAGCAGUUUGCUUCCAUCCAGUCUUUUGUGAUUGAGGCUAACCACACCAUCUCUAUCUGUUUCUAUUUUUAAAUGCUUUCUCAGUUGGCUGACCCAAGCCAUUCAGUGUUUGAUUAUCAAUCCUGAAUUCUUUCUUCUCAAGCCCCAUUUUUCUAUACCAUACCUCCUUCAAAGUGUAAUCUCUCUCAAAACUUCAGAGACUUCAAUAGAACAACACCUUAAGCAGCACUUAAAAUUUCUCUGCCUAGGUACCGUGUGGAUGCAUUAUGUACAUUUAUGUAUGUGUAUUUAUUUAUUUCCCCACCAGGACAAACCUAGAUGCCAUGUCCCUCAGGAAGCCUUCCUGGAUAUCCCCAGCUAGCUCCUCUAAUCUCUCAAAUUUCACUUCUCUUACUCACUUAAAUCAUUAUUUAACUUAGUCAUGUAGCUCUUUCAGAAUACCUCUAUAUUAGAUUCCAAGUUCCUCAAAGGCAAGGUAGUGGUGGUUGUUUUUAUAUGUCCAGAACCUAGCAUAGGGUUUUGCACAAAUUAGGUGCUUAAUGUUUGUUGAACUGAAAUAAAUCUCAGAAAUAUUUCCAAAUCCACACAUGAAUUUGAGUAGGAUUUAUUUUGGUUUUUGUGUGUGUUGUGUUUUUCUUUUUUGUUGUUUUAUUUCAUCGGUUUAUUUUUAAGAAAUAAAAAUUGUGACAUGGUCUCAAAUUCUGCUUUUAGGGAGAGGUGCCUCCUCUUCCAAGUAUGAGGACAGAAGACACAAUCGGAGACCCAGGAAGAACACGGGUCCAGGGCACCCACCGCAGGGCCGGGGUGGGGUCCGAGAAGCUUGGGUCGAACUCCGUGCAGAAACCAGCUCCCCCUCCCCGCACCUCCCGGGGCUCACAGGCCGAAGCCAGAAGGGAGAUACCCCUACCCUCUACUUCUCACAUCUCGCCGCCCACGGGAAUGGCUCGGCCAGGCUGACCCUGCCCAACCUUCUCACCUGAGGACAAGGAUGGUGUGGAAGGGAAGGCAGGGGAGAGUGAAGUCAAGGACGCGCGAUCUCAAGGUGGACGUUUUAACCCUUCCCCCGCCGGUGCCCUUCCAGACUCGGGUUAACCCCUGCUGGGCCGGGGAGGCGGCGGGGCUCGCCAAGGAUUGGGGCCAGACUGGGCCCAAGGAGGGCGGAGUCCCCGCCCCCUGGCGCAGCGGGCUGCGGAGACAGAUGGGGAGCCACCUGUCAAACGGGCUGUGGCCGCUGGGCACGGAGGGCGCGGGCCGCCCCGUGGUAAGCGCACGCUCAGAAGAGCCGGCGGCCCCGACGAGAGGACGCGGAGGAGCCAUGGAGAGGGAUGCUGGGAGAUGAUGGCAAGCCCGGCCGGCUAAGGCUGAGGCUGGGAGUGCUCCCUCAGAGGCGGACGCCCGAAAAGCCGACAGCUAGGGAGGCUGGUUGAGGCGGCUGCCCCUCCGGCCGGGGCUGGGGUGCCAUGUCUCGGGAAAGGCCCCCUCGCACCGACAUCCCCCGCAACCUCAGCUUCAUCGCAGCGCUCACAGAGCGCGCCUACUACCGCAGCCAGCGGCCCAGCCUGGAGGAGGAGCUGCAGCCGGAGGAGGAGGAGCCGGAGCCCCGCGAGGGAGGCGGGGCGCACCUCAGGCCGCGCUCCCGCGCCUUAGGCCCCGGGCGGGGCCGGCGGGCCCGCUCUGCCCCUGCCGGAGGGGGCGCUCGGGCCCCGCGCAGCCGCAGCCCGGACACCCGCAAGCGGGUGCGCUUCGCCGACGCGCUGGGGCUAGAGCUGGCGGCCGUCCGCCGCUUCAGCCCCGGGGAACUCCCUCGCGUGCCCCGCCACGUGCAGAUCCAGCUGCAGCGCGACGCCCUCAGGCACUUCGGGCCCUGCGCACCCAGAACCCGCAGCCUCCAGGAGGCGCGCGCUGCCCUCGAGCCCGCCCGCGAGCCCGGCUUCGCCGCCCGCCUGCAGGCCCAGCGCAUAUGCCUGGAACGAGCAGAGGCGGGCCCGCUGGGCGUGGCUGGGAGCGCGCGCGUGCUGGACCUGGCCUACGAGAAGCGCGUGAGCGUGCGCUGGAGCGCGGACGGUUGGCGCAGCCAGCGCGAGGCUCCCGCCACCUACGCAGGCCCGGCCCCGCCCCCGCCGCGUGCGGAUCGAUUCGCCUUCCGCUUGCCCGCCCCACCAACUGGGGGCUCCUUGCUCUUCGCUCUGCGCUACCGCGUGACAGGCCUUGAGUUCUGGGACAACAACGGCGGUCGCGACUAUGCACUACGCGGGCCCGACUCCCCCGGCAGCGGUGGCGUUAGCGACCCGGAACCCCAGGGCUGGAUCCACUUUAUCUGAACGCGGAACGGGAAACCCAGGGAUCAAGGGAAAGUGUGGAACACGACGGGAGAAACCACAGGAACACGGGGCCGGGGGGAGCCAAGGCUACGGGAGUGAGAAUUAUGGGAGAUUGAGGCUUCAUUGAUGGGAGUGGGGGGCGGGGAGGUGGUUCACACGCACGCGCGGGAGAGUGAGCGAAACCAAAAGUUAUGUGGAGGGGAGAAUGGAUGAGUCCAGUAGGAACAGGGCAAUAUCGAAGAAGAUACCGGGACACAGGUAGACCCUGGGAAAUAGAACAGUCGAGAAAAAAAGGCGUAAGUGCUGUUCUGCUGAGCAGGUUAGGGCAGAACCUUAGAGAUCUGACCCCUUUAUUUUGGAGAUGAGGCUUUCAGAGGUGAAGUCACUUGCUCGGGGACCCACCAAUUCUGUCAAUGGCAGAGCUCGGAUUUGAACAAGGGUUCCCCAGAUUCAGCAUUCUUGCAAUUUGUAGCCUCCCCCAAAACAAAUUAAAGGAUAAGGGGGGGUCUGGUGAAUCCUCAGAAUUGCUGAGUGAGAAUCAAGUUGGGGGAAGGGCUUCGGAAAACAAAGAGGCUGCUUUAGACUCUCAAAGGCCCCCCGAUUAACUUUCUCUGCCCUUGAGCUGGGCACUGAAUGGGGAAAGAACCUCAGACCCUGUAAUCUUAGCCCUUCUAAAUUAAGUCUGGAGGAAGGAUGGGCAAGAGAGGAUGAAUAUGGAGGGCACCCAAAGGAAGUCGAACUGUGGUCAUUUCGAUUUUCCAUCUGGGGUUAUCCAGCCCUACCCUACCUUCCAGUUUUUCAUUUCAAUUGAUCCCACCAAUAUGGCCAUUUCUCUUGGAUCCCUAGUACCACAUCCUGAAUCCUGUUUGAUGUGACCUGGUCAAUUGUCUGCCUCCUGGAGUUUCCAACUGUGUUGGUUCCGGGAAUUUGAGAGGCAGGCUUCAUCUAAAGCCUCAGGCCUCAGAAGAGGCUGGGACAUCCGACCUCGUGUGCCAGCCUUGCUUUUCUGAAGUGAUCUGUUAAAAAUCUCAAAGUAUAUCUCAGAUGUCCUUUUCAGGAUGAAGAGAAAAUAAUUGUCUCUGUUUUACAGAAGAAUAAAUUAAAAUAGGAAAA